AAGAAAAGGGAUGAAGGUGGAGCAAGACUGUGAAAGGACAGAGAGGGAAUGAUCAUAUCCAUAUGGAGGAGGAGGCUGCUCCCUCAACUUCCUGAGACCAAGCGAGGCAAACAGGGAAAGAGGGAAAUGGCACGCUUAGAAAUGAGAUCAGAGAACUAGAAAGAAGUGAGCGUUAUAAGCACAAACAUUGAUUUAAAGGUGAGUCAGAUAUGGUACACAGUCUUAUUGUGUCUAUCUGCAUACUUAAGAGCAUGUAAGAGCAAGCAUUUAGUGCUGUAAGAGAGUGAGACUGUGGGGCCGGACUUGGUUUCACGCACCAGUGAUCAAGUGAAGUCACUCAGGGAAUUCUUUCUAAACUGUGGGGUUUUUUUUGCUCGCAACUCUCUUCCUUUCUGCCAUCUGGAGCAGUGAAACAGUGAAGCACUUCCUAUGACUGCUCAGUGCUCGUCGGGGGCUGUUGGCUACAACCCUGCAUCUCUGUGCUAGCAGUUUUAGGGACAUGAGGACAUUGUUUUCAUCAUGCAGGUCUCUGCACGUGAAGUCUAGACCUGUCUGCUGUCACUACACUUCUUCAUGGACUGCCAGCUGCAUGUGACUGCACUUUAGUGGAGGUUGCAGACAUCAGCUGAACUUCUCCGAGGGGUUCCUCCCCCUUGUUUUCCUUAUAAGGCAAAAACGACUGAGUGGAAAAUCAUUUGAAUUUUGUGGUGGCUCUGCUCUGACGUACACUUGGAUAUCGCUCCAGAUCUCUAUUUUCUGCUCUGCUCUAUGUUCCGCUUCGUGGAAGAGUUUUUAAUACUGGUCAUUUGUAGGGACAAUAGAUGCUUUUAUUAGUGUUUACAUGAGAGUUGACUGUUUUGCUGACCUUCCAGCAUCAGCUGGUCAUCUUUGCUCUGAGAGUAACAUAGCAGGGAAGAAACCUUGUUGAAGAUCAUCCUCCACCUGAACAACUGCCAAAUCUUCAUACUGAAGGAACCGGUCCUGGAGACACCCUCUGGAUUGCGCACACUACUGGGGAAAGCGAACAUAUUUUAUUAUGUCAAGACAGUACUUGGCUUCGGUGAAGGUCAAUUAGUUUUGUUGGAAGUAAUUUGAAGACUUUUAUUUCUUGCAGUGAUGAAAAAAGUGUGUGAGCUGAGGUCUUCUUUUGACCUUCAUCCUUUCUCUGCUUGCCUUGGAUCAUUUUUUUGGAAAGCUACCACUGAUUUGUUUAUCCUGGCAGUUACAAGGUGGAUAUAAGGACUCAAAAGUUAUUUGAUAGUGGCCUUCUUGCACCAUAAUGACGACACCAGCAUGGUACCACAGGGACAUUAGUCGGGUUCAGGCAGAGGAGCUGCUGGCUCGAGCCGGGCAGGACGGCAGCUUUCUGGUGCGGGACAGCGAGUCUGUGCCUGGUGCCUACGCACUUUGUCUACUAUUCCAGCGCCAUGUUCACACUUACCGCAUCCUUCCUGAUGCAGACGGCUUGCUGGCUGUUCAGACCACACAGGGAGUGCAGGUGAACUGUUUCCGAACUCUUGGUGAUUUAGUUUUAGGAUACCAGCAACCCCACAAAGGCCUGGUAAUCCCUUUGCUUUAUCCAGUCGUAAGAGAGACCGAACUAGUGGAUGAAAGUUCAGACGGAGAUGAUGAGAAGCCAGGCUCAGUGUGGAACCCAGUGGUUUCCUCUCCUGCAGUCCAGGCGCCCCCUGCAGUCCAGUCACCUCCUGCAACUCAAACACCAGCAUCUCAGCUACUGCUGCAAAGACUGCAGGGCAUCACCACAACCAGUGUGACCUCUGAGAUGGUGGCUCUGCUUGGUGAAUAUUUGCGUGGUGAUGUGACUCUGGAUCUGGAGAGUUUGAAGAAAGGGGGCUCAGGAUUACACUUUCUCCAGCGAAUCCUCUGCACCACCUGCCAUAAACUGCACAGUGAGAUUGAUCAGACGAUGUCCAGUUUGGAGACCCUGGCUAAAGUCUUUGACCAUCCAAGUUGUCCCUUGUCCAGUCCUAAAAUCCAGAAUAUGGGAAAGGGUCCAGAAGAGAACCUUGAUACCCUGCUCUACAAAAUAUCAACUCUAUGCAACCUGCUGUCAUCUCUAGAGAAGAGGGUUCUCACAGCCCUCCAAGAGGCUGUGGCCAAUCACAACCUUUCUGUGCAGCCGGCACCUGUACCUGAGCCUGUAUCACUUGUAAAAUCUCCUGCUAAAGUCAUUCCUGUGCACAGCUUUCAGGUGAAGGUGUUCAAGUAUGGAAGGCAGAUGGUGUCAGUGGAUGUGGACAAUGGCGUGCUGCUGUUUGACAGUAAGACCGGCUCAUUUGGCAUAGAGACAAUCACACAUGACCGGAUUGUACAGCUGGUAAAGUUUCAGAGCAGUCCAGCUAAGCUGAGGAUGGUAGUGGACAGUCAUCACAAGCCUCCAAGAGAGCUACUGUUUGAGAGUUUUAAGAAAAGAGAGGCUUUCUGCCAGCUUCUGCAGCUGAUGAAGAACACAUUCUCCCAACAGAAUGAGCCUGACAUUGUCUCAGUGUUUGUGGGCACAUGGAACAUGGGUGGCUCUCCCCCUCCUCCUACUCUACAGUCGUGGGCUACAUGCUGUGGUUUGGGGCUGACUCCUGAUGACUCCACGGCUUGUCUGCCUCAUGAUAUCUAUGCAUUUGGCACUCAGGAUAACCCUCAAGGAGAGAAGGAGUGGACUGAGCAUAUCAGAGCCACACUCAAAAAUGCUACCAAUAUUGACUUCAAACAGGUGGCAGUGCAGUCUCUGUGGAACAUCAGACUGGCUGUGUUUGUAAAACCAGAGCACGAUGGGCGGAUCAGCCAAGUAAACACAGCAAGUGUGAAGACAGGACUGGGGAAUACACUCGGAAACAAAGGGGCCGUAGGGAUCUCCUUCCUCUUCAAUGGGACGUCCAUGGGCUUUGUGAACUGCCAUUUGACCUCUGGCAGUGAGAAAGCACUCCGGAGGAACCAAAAUUUUCAGGACAUCCUCAGACUGUUAUCGCUUGGUGACCGGCAGCUUGCUGCCUUUGACAUCAGCCUGCGCUUUACUCAUCUCUUCUGGUGUGGUGACCUGAACUACCGCUUGGACCUUGACGUUGAGGACAUUUUAAAGCAUGUGUCAAAGCGUGAGUUUGAUGAGCUGAUGUAUGCAGACCAGCUGACGAGAGAGCGCCAUAAAAGAAAAGCGUUCUUUAACUUCAAGGAAGAGAAGAUUACGUUUCCACCCACUUACCGGUAUGAGCGGGGCUCCAGAGACUGCUACCUAUGGCAAAAAUACAAGACCAGUGGGGUUCGUGUGAAUGGACCUUCAUGGUGUGAUCGUGUCCUGUGGAAAUCCUAUCCAGAGACUUACAGCACCUGUACUUCAUAUGGUUGUACCGAUGACAUCUUUACAAGUGAUCACUCUCCUGUUUUUGCAACGUUUCAAGUCAGUGUGUCUGCACAGUUCCCUAAAGCAGACUCAUGUUCGGACCGGUCUUGGAUUGAACUAGGGUCGGUUGAGGCCAUAGUGAAGACUGCCAGCAAGGCCAAGUUCUUCAUCGAGUUCCACUCUCGGUGUCUUGAAGAGACACGUCGUUCAGCAGAAAAUGACUCACAGAGCUGUGAUGUCCCGGGGUUCCUCAAAAUGAGCUGGUCUUUCAAACAGCUUCCCAAGCUUCAGCCUAUUGUCUCAGAUAUGGCAUGCCUUCGGGACCAACACUUGCUGCUCUCUGUGAAGUCGUGUGAUGGCUUUGAGUCAUAUGGUGAAUGCUGUGUGGCUCUGCAGUCCAUAGUGGCAAGUAACUCAGAGUCAUUUGAAACCUGCCUGACCCACAGGGGUGAAGAGAUGGGUUCCAUCCGUGGUCAAAUCAAGGUCUAUAUACCACUGAACAAGUACCGGUCACAGGAGAGGAGCUAUGAAUGGAUCUGUAUUGAAAAAGAUGAGAAGGGAAUAGUUAAGAGCCCCUGGUCUCCCCCACCCAGCCGAGCAUCUCACAAUCCUGUAUCAUCCUCUUCCCGUACAGUGGCUCCAAAUAGCUACACAAACCCAGCCUACUUCAUUUUCGAAGGCAUUCCUGUGUUGCGGCAGGUAGAGGAAGACCCAUCACCCAAAGAACCCAAUGUAGUGUGGGCCAAGGACUCUGUGAUUCAACUUCCUAAAGUAACAGGGGGACAUAGCCAUGACUGCAGAGCUGCUCGCAGAUCUGAUUUCACAGAAAUUGAAAUCCCUGGAUCCUUGCCACCAUACACACCUCCUUGUGACCGCCAAACUCAUAUUACACCCUGUCCAAUUUCCUCAUACCAACUUUUUCCUGGACCAGACCAAUCAAAUCCUCCCCAAAUCCAGAAAAACAAGACUUCAUUUCAGUCACAAAUUCAAAGGCCUAGCAUAACUCAGGAAUCAAUGUUACCAAGCAAAAGAUUUGAGAAUGCCAGUAUGAGCAGUUCUGUCUUCACACAGGAUGUGCAUGGGACAGUUAAGAAGGACUAUUCCAGGUUUCAGCAGGAGCGGCCAAUGCCAGUGCGUAAUGGACCAAAGUUAUACCCGUACAUGUCCACUAGAGUUCCUCUCUCCAAAGCAUCAGUUUCAUGGGUGAAGGAUCAGACGCCUGUAGCUUCAGGAGAUAACUCACUUACUGCUCUACAGAUUGCCAAAUCAUUGAGUGAGGUGGACUUCAUGCCAGCAUGCAAGAAGUACCCCUCAAACCAAAGGUCAGCUUUACCAAGGCAUUAUGGGUAUGAGUAUACCGUAGCCACUGAGACCAGUUACUGUUGUGAGAAAGAGGUGUCAGUCUUACAUGGAGCUCCAGAGACGGUACGAGAGCUGCUUAGUAGUCUGGGGCUGCAGCGCUAUACACUGGGACUCAGUCUCAAUGGCUGGAAUGAUCUGGAUUACUUCAGUGGGAUUACUGAGGAGGAUCUGCGGGCUUCUGGUGUAACAAACCCAUCACAUCGUAGGCGGAUCCUGGAGAGUUUGCCCAAGAUUUGGGACUGAAUCCUUGGAAAUGAUUGACUGCUUUAAGUUUAGAGUAUUUUACUAAAGAAAAGGAAUUUGUGCAACCCUUUCCUUGUAUCUUUGUUUUAAAAUCCAUGUAUUAAUGAUGUAUAUUUGCUUUAUUUCUAUCAGAGUUCACUGAGGUUUCAGCCACCACCCAAGUCUUAACUUUUAUUCUCUGCAAUUCCAUCUCUACUAUUUACCUUGUAUAAAGCAGUUACAUAAAUUAUAUCUGUUUGCAAGAGGAUUUGAUCAUUCGAUCAUGAUUCAGCUUUUGUGUCAAUAAUAGAGUAUGAAUGUGGUCAAACCUGUGAACCUCAUCCUGCUAACCUCACCCUAGGAACUCUCAUUGUUAAAUAAAAACAAUUAUACUGAGUUUAUCCAAUAUAUCCAAAAAACUUGGCCAAGCUAUGAAAAUAACUUUGCACUACCUGUAAGUAAGCAUUGUACAUUCCAGUAAGUAAAGGGUGUAUCUGAAAUUUGACGUGUCCGAAGAUUUUGAAACCAGAUUGUAAAGUGUCCUCCUGUUUGCCUUGUCUUCAUAUAAAACUAUAAAUCUAUGCAAACCAACUGCAUUGUUCUCAUUUUUUAUGACGUGGGUCUUUCUGGAUCAUUUGGACUGACUGUUCUCCUCCAUGAUCUGAAAAAACCUCCCCACCCCACUUGUGUGACUUGUUUGCUCAUUUCAAUUAAUUAAUAUUCUAUACUAUUAAAUAUUUGUUUUAUUUUUA